AUGUCUACAGACAAAUACAAAAGACAACUUUUAGCCACUGGUGAUAUCAUUGAAACAUUACACUAUAGUGUUUUUGCAAUAAACUGGUGGAUUUUUAUUAAAAAAACGCCAGAAAAAUACUCGUGUAUCCCUAUAUGCGUUAAUAUGAGAAUUAAAUUUGAGCUUAAUAAAACAGAGUUCAUUAUUCGUAUUAUUAAACAAAGUAAUAAUAUUUAUCAACCUGGUUACAUAUGUGAAACUGAUCAAGCUGCAAUGGUUUAUUCAACUCCUACUGCAGCAAUUAACGAAACUUAUAAAAAACUUUUCAAUGUUCAAACACGAUAUUCAGGACCGUUAGUUAUGGGGUUUGAUGAUGAAAAAAUAGCUGAAGAACUUCAAGUUGGUGUUCUAUUUUUUCCCUUUAAAAUUAGUGUUCAUAAUAUUACAGUUUUUAUUUUUGCAUUAGGCAGUUCUACAUUAGAGGAGUUGAACUUUACGGAUCCUGGUUAUCAAUCAUCAUUUUCGCACAAGUUUCGUGGAAAACAAUCUCUUAUAGUUCAAUCAAUUCUUAAAGAUCAAUGUCAAAAAGAUAUAUAUCAACAAGCAGAAAAAAUUCAGACUUAUAGUGGCAUAUCACCAAAGGAUGUUUGGUCAAAACUCAAAAUUCUUAAUAAUAUCGAUGGAGUAACAUUCAAAUUAUGA